GCGGUGCCGCCGCUCAGUGUCUGUCGGGCCGGCGGCGGGAGCUGCCGGAGCCCGAGCCCAGCUCGGCUGCAGCGCGGCCCGGCCCGGCCCCUCCCGGCUGCGGGAUGGAGCUGCCGGCGGUGGGCGAGCACGUCUUCGCGGUGGAGAGCAUCGAGAAGAAGCGGAUCCGAAAGGGCAGAGUCGAGUACCUGGUGAAAUGGAGGGGAUGGUCGCCCAAAUAUAACACGUGGGAGCCGGAGGAGAACAUCCUGGACCCCCGGCUGCUCAUCGCCUUCCAGAACAGGGAGCGGCAGGAGCAGCUGAUGGGAUACCGCAAGCGGGGGCCCAAGCCAAAGCCGCUGGUCGUGCAGCUUCCCUCCUUCGCCCGCCGCUCAAACAUCCUCACGGGGCUGCAGGACCCGGCCGUGGACACCAGGCCCAAACUGGACCUCAGCUCCUCCGGCAAGAGCCAGCAGCACCAGUAUGAACUCAACAGCAAGAAGCACCACCAGUACCAGCCCAACGGCAAGGAGAGCAGCAUGAAGCAUCAGUCCCACAGCAAAGGGAAGUAUUACUACCAGCUGAACAGCAAGAAGCACCACCACUACCAGCCGGACCCCAAGAUGUACGAGCCCCAUUACCAGCCCAGCAGCAAGGAGCCACAGGGCCAGGCCUGCUUGGACAGUAACAAGACUCCCCUGGUCGCCCACCCAGACAAGUGGGCUCAUGGCCCAGCCAAAAACCUACUGGGCCCAGUCAAGAACCUCACAGCAGAGAGCAAAAAUGGGGCCGAGAAGAACCUGUCCAGUGGCACCGGACCGCCCCCCCGGGACAGGGUGACCAGCAAUGGCCUUGGGGGAAAGAUGAAGAUCGUCAAGAACAAAAACAAGAACGGGCGCAUCGUGAUCGUCAUGAGCAAGUACAUGGAGAACGGCAUGCAGGCCGUGAAGAUCAAGUCUGGGGAGCCUCCCCGGAAACGGGCUGCAGAGGAAAGGACUCCAAAGAAGGGUGGGGAGGAGAAGGUAGAGGCUUGGAGGAAGCCAGGGGAGGAGAGGGUGGUGGGCAGCAAUGCUCUGAGCAAAGCAGAGGGCGAGGCCCGGCAGCCCCCUGCGGAGCUGGACGAAAGUCCCCAAAAGACUCCCUUGGCCAAGGAGCUGCCCCUUCCUCCAGCGGAGCAGCCCUUGCAGCUCACCACCAAGCCAGACCUCGUGCCCUGGUCCUUGAGUCCUGUCUGUGAGCACAGCCCUUCCUCCAUGGGACUGAACCUCUCCAGCGCUGGCUCGCGGAAGCGCUGCCUGUCGGAGCCGCACGUGGAGCGGGAGCCGGGCAAGAAGCGCCUGACCUCCCGUAGCAUCAGUGCCCCCACCUGCCUCAGCCCCCCAGCCCCAGAGCGGCCAGAGCCACCCGCCCAGCCGGAGGUCAUCCUGCUGGAUUCGGACCUGGACGAGCCCAUAGACUUGCGCUGUGUGAAGCCGCGGGCAGAGGGUGAGGUGGCCCUGGCGCAGGUGAAGCCGGAGGUGCCGCCGCCACCGCCGGCUGAGAAACCGGCCACGGCCAUGGAGCCUCCGCAGCCCCGGGAGGCCGCGGAGGAGGAGGAGGAUGAGGCUGAGUCCCUGCAGGAGUUCAAGCCCUUCUUUGGGAAUAUAAUUAUCACAGACGUGACCGCAAACUGCCUGACCGUGACCUUCAAGGAGUACGUGACGGUGUGAGGUGGGACGGCGGCUGCUCCCCGUGGGAGCUGCCUGCCCGCCCCGGGGCCGCCGGCCCCACGACCUCCUCCAAGGUACUGGUGCCCCUUCCCCGGAGCCCGUGUGCCCCUGCCCGCGCCGCGGCGGCCAAGCCUGCCAUCUCCACCGAGGGGACGCCGGGACAGGGCCGGGCACAGUGGCCGUCCCUGCCACGUGGGGUGACCUCGCCGCUGCUCUCGCCCUGUGGUCGGGGGCUGCCCCAGGACCUGCGGGCGAUGGGACACGCCAGGAUGGGACCCGCCAGUUACUCAGAGUUAUAGUAUUAUAUUUUAACAGUGCUAACUUGUCGAGUGAUUCUUGCUCCCGUUUGUACGUGGUGUUAUUGAAAUGUAUUGUUUGAGCUGAAAGCUGGUCGCUCCCUGGCCACGCUAAUAUAUUUAUUUGUAGGUAUUUAUAUAAUGAAAUAUAAAGCCUAGAUUUAUGGAGUCCCUAGAUCACCUUAUAAACUAUAUCAAACGACUAUUUUCUGUUCUCCUUUUUAACCAUUGAGCAUUUGUUAGUCUCAGCCCCUUGCCCUCCCCACGACCCGCAGGACCAUACCCGUAUAUAUUUUUUGAUACUGUACACAUGUGGUGUUUCUAUGUGCAAAAAAAAAAAAAAAUGGUUAUCUAAAGCUAAACGAGCUAUUAUAGAAAUUGCUGCUAUUAGAAAUGUCUAAACUAUAAGCUUCCAAUUAUUAAUUGCUUGAAUGUAAAUAUUAAAUGGAGAUGUUGAAAGUGCAUUUGAUGUUCUGCAGCUAGUGUAGGUCGGAGUGCAAAGCCCAGCUGCUGCGAGCUGCCAGCGGCGCGUCCUGGUCCGAGGGCUGUGUCAUGGGGAAAGAAAUGUAUCAUGCAAUCAUGGCAAAGGACUAUAAACCUUUACAAAAACUA